CCAAUUUCUCCAGCAUUUCUCUCCUUGAAUGUGGUUGUCUCGUUCAUUUUUCUGUGAUGCUUUGCAAACCCCUGUCACAAGAACCGCACUCACCAACGAAUCAACAUUGGACUGUAACACUCCGCCAGAAUCUAUUGGUUCUCGAGUCUGUAUGGGCAGAACGGGGAAUGGUUUUGCGCAGUUGGGCAAACUCGUCUGGCUUUCUACACAGAGAGGUCGGUAGCGUCACUUGCGCAUUGAUCUAUCCGACCAACAUCAUGAGGACCUUUUGUUCAGCGCCGUAGCCUCCGAAUUUCACUUCUCUGCCUGACUGCAGCGCAUCAUCUUCCGCCUUUUUGUUUGCAGGCCCUCACCACUACGCCAGACACGCUUACUCGAUCUCCCAGGCGUCAACAUGUCCUCCCCCAACACACUGACCGUUACGGAUGAAGGUACAAGGCCCUCUUCCGGAAUUGUCGACACAAACCCUUCUCGCAACGCGGCGGAAACUCCAGUGUCCCUCAGUCAUGAAGGCGAGAGCCCAUCGCCAUCCCAAGCUGUCACUAACGCUACUCCCGAGACCACUUGUACGACCACCUCUAGCUCAAGUGUGACCAGUGGAGUGGUUUCGGACAUUGAAUCAUCGACAUCCCUGACCGGUACGGAAAUCAUGGCCAUGCGUCGGCAAAGAACAGUCAAUCGCAUUGUGCAACACUUUUGCCAAUACUUGGAUUGGAUAUCUAAAGGCAAUGCUGUUCGAGCAUCAACUGAGCCUUUUCACCAGACGUCGUCCCGGUCUCUGCCAAGGCCAUCUUUGCCCGAAUCCACACGAUGCGACAACAUACCAGCUCCAAAUACGGGACUUCCUGGACAAGAAUCUUUUGAGAACGCCGAAUCGCUCUACCAGAGCCUCAAGCAGCUCACAUGGUUCGACGAUAUCAGGCACGACCCCUUCAUGGAACCUACUGCUCUCGGGAAUGCACGUGACCCAUUGGAUUCCGGUAUUGAUAUGACGUUUUGCGGAAGUCCUACUUUUGUGGAACUUUCUAAGGAAGGGCGUUCGGAUGAGUAUCAGGAUUGCUUGCCAGAUCCGUGGACCGCAUUAGAACUCCCUAUACCGGCUACCUCUAAAGACGGCGAAGACCUCCGCCUCUCCAAAAACUUGCCUAGCGGCUUUUUCACCAAUCAGAUCUCUGUACCAUGGUAUCCUUCAGUGCUUGAGCUCGAUGAUGGACCCGAACCUUCAACUAAAAUGAAUGGCAUUUUGCACGACUCAACUCCUACUCCCAACAUGCACCUUGCUGUCAACACUAUGAGGAGUGAAAUCGGACGCCCGGUCAAUGAUACCAACCAAAGCAAUGGAAUACGAAAGCAUGCGGCCGAGGAUGACGGUGAUCACGAUGGCAGACGGAAGAGACAGAAAGUAGACGAUGGCCGGAAGUUUGCUUGCCCCUUCUUCAAGAGGAAUGCGCGCAAGUAUUCCAAGUGGACGUCUUGUCCAGGACCGGGCUGGGAUGAGAUUCACCGGGUCAAGAGUCAUUUAUACCGACGUCACGAACUCAUCCAGUGCCCGCGCUGUUGGAGCACCCACAAGAACAACAAGUCGCUCGUUGCCCAUCUCCAAACAGAUCCAUCCUGCGAGAAACAGCCAAACUUGAGUAUAGUCGAUGGUGUUACUCCGGAACAAAAGGAGAAACUGCUCAGUCGCAAGAAGACGCAUGGUGACAUGACAGACGAGGAGAAAUGGCGUCACAUGUACAUGAUCUUGUUUCCGGAUGACGAUAAAGACUCAAUUCCGUCGCCCUGUAUAUUGAAGUGGAAGGAUGGAACGAAGACAUUUCGGUAGAAAGGCAGCUUAAUUAAGUUAGAGGAGAGAAAGAGAAGAAAGGAGUAAGCUAGUCUCACGAUAUUUAUAUAUACGGUUAGAGUAGAUCGGAUACCCUUAAUAGCCUUUAAUAAAGCUAAUAGAAGCAAUAUACUUCAAGA